AUCAGACCUUCACUUAAAUUUACUAUUUUUGAUCCCACUGAACCUAAAGAGAACACACUGACUCCUCCCAAGAUGGGCAAGGAGGAAAGAGCCUCUAGGUUGAAGGUCUUCAUGUCUCCAGCAAGAUCCUCACAGUCUACUUAUCCUUCUGCAUAUAUCUGUUGUGGCCUGCAGAGUGGACAAGAGCAACUUCAGGAGUGAUGGGUUCAGGCUCUUUCUGAGCAAAGAGAGCCAUGCAGCAACUGUUCUUACCACAGCCACACAAUAUGGAUUGCAGACACAAACCUGCCAGAUUUCACAAAGCCUUGAUGCUGUGUAUGGACUCCUGAAGAAAUGGAGAAGGGCUGUACAUUGGAGGAAAUCAAACAAAAGCCAAACAGGAAACCAAAACCCCCAAAGUCUUCCUGAGCUUUGAUAAUGAGCUCUCCCUUGAGUAGUACAUCCUUCGAAUGUGGACUGCAGACUGACAGACCCACCGUUGACUGUGCUGUUUUGUUUGGUGUGUUUCCACUUUUAGUACCUCCUGAGACAAAGAAGCCUGAGCACCAUCCCCAGAAAUACCCACUCUGGCUGCCAUGGUUGAUCUCACUGCUGCUCCUCUUGGUGUGCUUUGCCCUUGUUGUCGUCCUCCUCAUUUUUCACUUCUGGCACAGCAGUGACCAGCCCAGAGCCCUGCAGCAGCAGUUCUCAGAGUGGAAGUGUGACUCAGGAUUGCCACAAGGCACAGACCGAGGCUGGACAUGCUGCCCAGAGGGCUGGAGAAGGUUUCAAAGAAGCUGCUAUUUUCUGUCCCUUGAUAGGAUGAACUGGGUUGAGAGUGAGCAGAACUGCACUGGGAUGGGCUCCCAGCUGGUGGUGAUCAACAGCAAGGCAGAGCAGGAAUUCCUCUCCAAGCAGAUAAAACGAUCUCCACAAAGAGAGAAUUUCUACAUCGGUCUGUUUGAGUUCAAGGAGGGCCAAUGGCAGUGGGUGGACAAGACUCCAUAUAAUGUGACAGCAGCGUUCUGGCGAAUAGGAGAACCCAAUAAUGGCCUUGAUGAGAACUGCACUGUAAUCCAUAGUCCUGAAAAAACUCUCAACAACUGGAAUGACAUUCGAUCAGACAAGGAGCAUUAUCGAAUUUGUGAAGCUGCAGCAGUAACUGUGUGAUGGAAAUAUCCCUGUCCUGAGAAAAGCUGGGAGCUGAGCUGGGAACAGCACUUGCUGUGCUGGGAGGGGUGGGGAAUCCUGACACAUCUUCACUGUGUGGGAGGGGACCAUGUGUGUGUGUAAGUGAAAUGAGCUUUUUCCAACUUCCCCAGUGUAUGGGGUGGCUCAGGGAACACAGGAAGGCUGAGGCUCCUUGAAACAUGUGCUGUGUUCUUGUGUCCUCUUCUCUCUGAGAGGGUCCAGCAGCCUCCGGCUGAAAAGAGAUGGACUUGUCCAGGAGGAAGACACAGGAAUGGAAGGCAGAUAUGCAGAUAUUCAAUGUCCUUGAUCUGUUUAAGAAGAGGUAUUUGCUUUCUAUUGAGUCAUACACAGAAUGUCCUCUGGUUGUCCUGGUUUUCUGAAGAAAUUCUGAAAUCUUAGAUAAAACAAAAUACAUUAUCACACCAAUG